AUGAGCGGCACGCUCGGGCUGCUUCCGGCUCCGUGCCCAGCUCGCCCCUUCCCCACGUCUUCCCGAGACAGGCGGGGCGCGGGGGCGGGCGGCGGCCGCGGUGACGCGCGUCGGGCCGGGAGCCAAUGGGGGGGUGGGAUCGGCGCUGAUGGACGGGCCCAGGGGCCAGUGGCGAGGCGCUGGCAGCACUUCCCGUCGGGGAGAGAGUGUAAUAUGGCGAAGACCUACGAUUACCUGUUCAAGCUGCUGCUGAUCGGGGACUCGGGGGUGGGGAAGACCUGUGUCCUGUUCCGCUUCUCCGAGGACGCCUUCAACUCCACUUUCAUCUCCACCAUAGGAAUUGACUUUAAAAUUAGGACCAUAGAGCUCGAUGGCAAGAGAAUUAAACUACAGAUAUGGGACACAGCUGGUCAGGAACGGUUUCGGACGAUCACAACGGCCUACUACAGAGGCGCCAUGGGCAUCAUGCUGGUCUACGACAUCACCAACGAGAAGUCCUUCGACAACAUCCGGAACUGGAUUCGGAACAUUGAGGAGCACGCCUCUGCAGACGUCGAAAAGAUGAUACUUGGGAACAAGUGUGACGUGAACGACAAGAGACAAGUUUCCAAGGAACGGGGAGAAAAGCUGGCCCUGGACUAUGGAAUCAAGUUUAUGGAGACCAGCGCGAAGGCCAACAUCAACGUGGAGAACGCAUUUUUCACUCUCGCCAGAGACAUCAAAGCAAAAAUGGAUAAAAAAUUGGAAGGCAACAGCCCCCAGGGGAGCAACCAGGGAGUCAAAAUCACACCGGACCAGCAGAAGAGGAGCAGCUUUUUCCGAUGUGUUCUUCUGUGAGGAAUGCCGCCUUACCCUGAGCCUCGCUCAGCCGAGCUGACUGUGCCUGUCCUGAGUGAGCCCCUCACUCAGCCGGGGCCCUCCCCCCUCACCACUCCCCGCCACGCCGCGGCCACCGGGCCUGUGGCCGCCAGAACACAAUCGAGAAAUUGUUUAUUUUAGUAACUGAUCUUUUUCAACUCUGGAGACGGAAGAAGCUAAGAAUCUGCUACCUUUCCUGCGACAUCCACUGAAUGGGUCCACGCACCGUGUAAAGCUAGAGAGAGAGGUGGCGCCGCGGCACGGCCGUCAGUAGCAGCCCACACGGCAGGCCUCCAUCUCUGGGCCUCGACAUAGCUAGAGCCCCGCCGGAAAGCCCGUGCAUGUCCCCCGCGACAGAAGCGAGGCCCCCAAAGGCCAGUGAUAGCUCCGGGGGAGCCGGGCUCUGCACCCUGGGCGAGGCAACUCACGUCAGGCCCAGGAAGCGUCUGCCCAACCAGUCCAACGCCCGCUUUCACGUCUUCUCUCAGUUUUUGGACAAGUGACAGAAACCGUUAUCUACUCCCUGCCCCCCCCCGGCUCCCCCCCGGCUCCCCCCCCGCCACCCCCAUGUUAACUGUCAAACCAAAGGGAAGCACAAAUUAAGGAAAUCCUGAGGAAAGAAGCAUGGAGUGGCCUUUCCUGUUUACAGCCAGGUUUGGUCCUGUGGUCCAGCCGGGCCUUGGGCAUGGCCAGUAGGUCCCUCCACAGUCCCCACCUGAGCACUGAGGGGUCUCCGUGCAUGCCACGGGUGAGCCCAAAAUGCAAUCACACACGGCCCACCCUCGAUUGGGGCACCUACUCCUCUUCGUCCUCCCGCUGUCUCCAAAUCGGACGUUCUUUCUAGAGAUUUUUAUUUUUCCAGAUCUGUAGUGUCAGGAGGUGAUUCUGUCCUUGAUUUCCAACAGCAGACCCAGGUGAUCGGGAACACACGCACCCCCCCGCUCCCCCAACCUCUGGGACAUGGCUGAGAGUGCGGGUGGCCUGCGGGGCCCGACUGCAGAGCAGUCUGGGUGGGUUUUUAACUGCCGUUGCUCAGUUCUGUUUUGACAGCUCUGCCUUCCCGUAGAGACUGCAGUCGGGACCAGGUAACCAGGUCGGGGGGGGUGUCACCAGGGAGCCUUUCUUUUUCUUUUUUUUUGAAUUAAAACCAACAUACCAGCAAUCGUCUGCUCUCCCCUUGGUAUCUCUUAACAUGCUCUGUUUACAUCGAUAAAUGCACUUAAGGAAAACAAAUUAAAGCUCAUUUUAAAGUUAA